AUGGCUCCCAUCGCGCAUGAAGAUAUCUCGGUUGGAGACGUAUUUGCCCCUCAAGCCGACACUGCGCAUUACUCUAUCGAAAUGUCGGCCAAUCAACACUCCCGGAAGUCCCACAUGGGUGAUACCCAAGCCAACGAAGGCGAUAAUAUGCAGGCACCUGCUUUCUACCCAGAUCUUCUGACUGGCAAGGCCCGUAAAAAGAAGAAGAAGAAGAAUCUUCCCCAGGCAGACUGGGCACGUUCCACAGUGCACGGCUUCACCCCAAUUGUCUCUGCCGAUGAGGACUCAGACUUCUCGACCACCAGCUCCAGAGCUGCAGAUUCACAUCCCGCUACCCCGUGUGGGCAAGUCAAUCACAUUAUUAAUCGACAUGGAGUAAGCGCAUUGAAGCUCCAGCUCGACGCGCUUAACCUUGGGAAGUCAACUACUGGUACCAGUGGACUUUGUUCCGAAACUCCCAGCAAUGCGAGUGUCGCCUCUGAUAGUGAUAAUACCGAAAUCCUGACCAGCUAUGAAGUACCGCUGGAACAUGAUUUUGUCAGCGCAGAUGCUGUGAACGAAGAAGUUUCAUCUAGCAUUGGCUCUGGAAUUGCCGUCAGUGGUACAGAUAUGCGAAGCCAGCUCUGUCGUAAAAUGUCUGCGCAAGACUUUGCACCUGUACUUUGCCUCGGAAAGGGCUCAUUUGGAACUGUCCUGCUCGUCCGACAUGUUGUUACUGGCAAACUUUAUGCGCAGAAACAAUUCAGAAAGGCGUCGCUCACUGUGCAUAAGAAGCUCGUGGAGCAAACCAAGACGGAGCGGGUGAUUUUGGAGAGUGUCAACCGCCAUCCAUUUGUGGUGAAGCUUUUCUAUGCUUUCCAGGAUCAUGAAAAGCUGUAUUUGAUUCUCGAGUAUGCCGAAGGUGGUGAGCUGUUCACACACCUUGCUAUGGAACGCAUGUUCCAGGAGGAUGUAGCGGCUUUCUACAUGGCAGAAAUGGUUCUCGCACUCGAACAUCUACACCAGAAUGUCGGCGUUUUGUACCGUGAUCUCAAGCCUGAGAACUGUCUAUUGGACCGACAAGGCCACCUGCUUCUCACCGACUUCGGACUGAGCAAAAUCGCCUUGAGUGAUGACGACCGCUGCAAUUCAUCUCUCGGAACGAUUGAAUACAUGGCCCCAGAGGUCAUCCAGGGCAAACCGUACGGCAAGGCAUGUGACUGGUGGUCACUGGGCGCACUCGGUUUCGAUCUUCUCACUGGCUCCCCUCCCUUCAGUGCUGGAAACCACGCAAAGCUUCAGGAGAAGAUAAUCAAGCAGAAGCUCGUGAUGCCGUAUUUCCUCGGACCGGACGCCAAAGACCUUCUCACCCGUCUUAUGCGAAAGGAGCCCUCCAAGCGCCUGGGCUAUCAUAUGCCUAAGGACUUGGUAACCAUCAAAAAGCAUCGCUUCUUCCGCAAGAUUGACUGGGCUGCCCUUGAACGCCGUGAGCUGGACGCUCCUAUCCAGCCAAUCGUGACAGACCCGGCUCUGGCAGAGAACUUUUCUGAUGACUUCACCCAUUUACCUCUAAGCCCUACGGUGGACAGCAAAUUCGACGAGUUUUGCGGCUCAAAGUCUUCAGCAUCCGGACUCGCUGGCUCGGCCGCGGGUGAAGCCAACCCCUUCGGUGGAUUCAGCUUUGUGGCCUCGAGCAGCCUACUCGACCACGGCAUAGGAAUGACGAAGGGUUACUAG